UUGUUUUCGGAUGACGUCAUAUGCGGAAGUGAAAUUUUAUUUUUAAAAACAUUUUAUUCUUUCGCGAUAAAAAGGAGAAAUCAGAAUACAAUUCAUCAUGAGGUGAAAUCUCCAUGUAAUAACUUAAACCCACAUUGCUGCAUAGUCCUAGACUCUAGUUACCUCAUAGAAGAAGGGAAUCUCAAAGGAAAACCAGGACAGGGUUACUAUGCAGAAAUGCAGGUCGGGACUCCACCCCAAAAGAUGAAUGUAUUGGUAGAUACAGGCAGUAGUAACUUUGCUAUUGCGUGCUCUCCAGAUCCAUCCAUCAAGACAUUCUUCCAUACAGAUGAUUCAUCAUCGUAUACCAGUGACGGGAGAACAGUGAAGGUGCCCUACACGCAGGGAAAAUGGGAAGGCCCAGUGGGUCAGGACAUGGUCCGUAUGUCAUCACUGAAAAAUGUAUCUGCAGUGGAGUCGUACAUUGCAUGCAUCACAACAUCAGAUCAGUUCUUCAUCAAUGGUUCCCACUGGGAAGGAAUUCUCGGCUUGGCAUAUUCAGAAAUAGCUCGGCCUGAUAAUUCUGUCGAACCAUUUUUCGACACACUGGUCAGGGAACGAGAUGUCCCUAACUUAUUUUCUAUGCAGUUAUGUGGAACUCUAGAUAAAAAUAAACAGACAGAUGUCAGUAUGGGGGGCUCAAUGGUAAUUGGAGCCAUUGACCCUGACCUUUACAAAGGGGAAAUUUUCUACACCCCCUUGCGUAAAGAAUGGUAUUAUGAAGUAGUCGUCACAGAUAUCCAAGUUGAAGGUCACAGCCUCGCUAUGGACUGCAAAGAAUACAAUUUUGAUAAAACCAUAGUGGAUAGUGGGACAACCAACUUACGUCUUCCAACUAAAGUGUUUACUCAGCUUGUUGAAAGCAUUAAAAUGAAAACUUUGUUAGCUGACAAGGACCCUCCUCCAGAUGAAUUCUGGUCUGGGUCGAGUGUUCUGUGUUGGUCUACAGGAGUGACCCCCUGGGAUGAAUUCCCUAGCAUUAGCAUACAUCUUGCCAAAACUAAUAACUCAACAUUUUCACUAGUGUUGUCACCUCAGCAAUACCUACGUGCAGUUGGCGAGGAGUAUGACCCCUCUGCUCAAGAGGAUUGCUUCAAAUUUGCAGUGGCUCCAUCUAUUACGGGAAUGGUUCUAGGGGCAGUGUUAAUGGAGGGCUUCUAUGUAAUAUUUGAUCGUGAAAAUCAACAGAUUGGGUUCGCCCAGUCCAGUUGUAAUGUGCGCAAUCCGAAGGGUGUGAUAUCCAGAGUGGAGGGUCCUUUUACAACCCAUAGCAAUGUUCAAGACUGUGCAUAUAUUAAACCAGAAAACAACCAAUCAACGAUGAUCACUGUAGCCUAUUGUAAAUCAGUGACACUCAGUGUACCAAGGUGGUUUUAUUCAGUGUACUUCAGUGACACUCAGUGUAUGUGGUGUUAUUCAGUGUAG